AUAUUUGCCAUUAUCUCUAAAUAUCGAUAUGAUAUCGAUUAAUCACUAUUGUUUGCCAUCCCUGUUGUUGGACACGUGUUCUCCUGACAAGCUUAUUCCGUAAAAGUGCGUAAUUAAAAUCAAAUAGCCAAAAGUGCACAAACCAAGUGAAGUUAAAACUGCACCAGUUCAAUCCUCAUUAAUUGAAUUCUAUUAAAGUUGAAUUCAAGGCUUAAAAGAGUAAAAUAUUAAGCGAGGAUUAGUUGGUGGAUCUUUAAGAAUUUGUUAGUCGUUCUGUACUUAAACCAAAUCUGAAAAGAUCCAAUUAUAGAAUUAAAUAUAUUACGUUGAAAGAAAGGAGGAACAUGGCUAGCAGUUCGAGGAUCCCGCAAUCGAAGGAGACGCUGCUUAAGACCUAUAAAAACCAGCUAAAAGUCGACGUUCGCAACAUGCUGGUGAACUUUGAGGAAAUCAUGAAGCUGGCAAGUCGCGAAAGUCCCAAUCAAAUUUGUAAGGCCACGCAAUGCGAACAAGAUGCUCUUGAAAUGCAGGUGCGGGCGGCCAAUAUGGUUCGCGCGGGAGAGUCCCUUAUUAAGCUAGUGCAUGACAUCAAGGAAUUCCAUAUUCUCUACGAUUUCCCCGCUAUCGACGAGGAUAUCAAGAAAAAGUCGGAAUUGUGCAGUGCCAUGCAAGCCGAGUAUGACGAUAAGAUAGCAAGAGUAGCAAAGGACAUGGCCGAUGAACUGUCCGACCUGGAGGAUGAGUACAACAGCAGCUCACAUACGUAGCGCUUAGAGUUUGGAUUUAUUACUUUAUAGCUAUGUUUUUCUGUUCAAACAAUGCUGAAUGCUUUGCAUCACUGACUUUGCCUUGUAUACAAUUAAAAACUAUCUGUAUAUCAAAAGAAAUACAUACUAUUCA